UGCCUCGGCCUCGUUGCCCGUUGGUACCGCGUCGCGUCAUGUUGUAUUUCAUAUUCCUUCUCAACACUUGAACUAUUUCUUAUUCAAAUAAAAUAUACUAAGAUCACAAAAGCACCCUGUUACAUUGGUCGGUCAGCUUUGUGAAUUUAUUUAUUUAUCGUACUAACAGUAAUCGGCGCGUCAAAAAUUCCUUUCCUAUGACUAGACACUUGACAGAGUUGACAGAUUAUAUUAUUUUGAUGAUAUAAAAUAAUUUUGCUGCAAAAUGACUACACCAGGAACUUCGCAGGCAUCACCAUCUGUGCAAGAGUUUAAAAUUAGAGUCCCAAAGAAUGUGAAAAAGAAACAUCAUGUAAUGCGUUUUAAUGCCACACUAAAUGUAGACUUUGGAAAAUGGACUCAAGUGAAGAUGGAGAGGGAGAACAACAUCAAGGAAUUCAAAGGAUUAGAUGAAGAUAUGCCCAAAUUCGGCGCGGGCUCCGAGUAUGGGCGAGACGUUCGCGAAGAAGCUCGUCGUAAGAAGUUUGGGAUCAUCUCACGAAAAUACAAGCCUGAAGAUCAACCAUGGAUACUGAAAGUGGGAGGAAAAACAGGAAAAAAGUUCAAGGGCAUCCGCGAGGGUGGCGUGUCGGAGAACGCCGCCUACUACGUGUUCACGCACGCGGCCGACUCCGCCAUCGACGCCUACCCAUUGCAGGAGUGGUAUAACUUUCAACCUAUCCAAAGAUACAAAGCCUUGUCUGCGGAAGAAGCCGAACAAGAAUUUGGGAGACGCAACAAAGUGAUAAACUACUUUUCACUCAUGUUCCGCAAGCGCAUGCGCGGCGACGACGCGGCCGACGACGGCGACGACCCCGACGAAAAGAAGACUAAAGGCGCCAAGGCCAAGAAAGAGUUAAAAAUAUCCGAUAUGGAUGAAUGGAUCGAUUCCGACGAUGAUUCCUCCGGCUCUGAGGCUGCAGAAAAAGACAAUGACAGUGACUCUGGCACCAAGAAGAAACCAAAUAAAAAGGGACCGGUGAAGAAGAAGAAGAAGGUGGACGAGGAAGCGUUCGAGGAGAGCGACGACGGCGACGAGGAGGGUCGCGAACGCGACUACAUCUCCGACUCCUCCGACAGUGAAACAGAUCACGAGGCGAAGGCGAACAAAGAACUCAAGGGCGUCGCAGAAGAAGAUGCACUCAGGAAGCUGCUGACGUCGGACGAGGACAGCGAGGAGGAGCAGGAGCAGAAGGAGGUGUCGGAGCCGGAGGACGAGCCGACGCGCGAGGGCGAGGAACGCGCCAGCAAGCUCACCAAGAAGAAGGCCGCCAAGCGGGGCGACGACAGGAAGGACUCCACCAGCGAGUUCAGCUCCGACUCGGACACGGACGCGGAGGGCGCUCCCAAGAAGACCAAGAAACGCAAGGAGCCCGGCUCCUCGACGACACACCAUUCAGCGAGCGCUCCGGGCAGCGCGAGCACAUCUCGCUCUGUCUCGCCCGCGCCCGCGGCCGCGGCCGCGGCUGCUGCGGCCGCCGCCACCGCCGCCGCCGCCGCCGCCGCGCCGCCCGCCAAGCGCCCCAAGAUCGACCCCUCCUACACCGAGUGCGGCGUGACGGAGGAGGCGGUUCGGCGCUACCUGGCGCGCAAGCCCAUGACCACCACGGAGCUGCUCACCAAGUUCAAGUCCAAGCUCACCGGCGUCAGCUCCGAGCGCCUGCUAGAGACCAUGACGCAGAUCCUCAAGCGUAUCAACCCCGUCAAGCAGAACAUCAACGGCAAGAUGUAUUUAAGUAUCAAAAACAACUAACUUAUUUAUCUGCUAAAACUCUUCAGUAAGUGUAAGAAUAAUUGCGCUCUUGGUUGCAUCUGGAUGACACUCGCAGAAUUAUCAAAUGUAUGGAGCCGUAUCAGCGCCAUGCACCUAGUAACAGUUAGGGACACCCCACACUAACACUAGCGUAGCGUCUCCCGAGCGUCGGCGUCUAGUCAACUGUGUGGCUGCUGGUUGACGCAUCGUUGGCGCAACUGCGCAGCGACGCCAUUUUCCAUAGCGCUGACGCUGACUAGACUUUGACACUCGUCUAGUCAACUGUGUGGCUGCUGGUUGACGCAUCGUUGGCGCAACUGCGCAGCGACGCCAUUUUCCAUAGCGCUGACUAGGCUAGACUCCGACACUCGUCUAGUCAACUGUGUGGCUGCUGGUUGACGCAUCGUUGGCGCAACUGCGCAGCGACGCCAUUUUCCAUAGCGCUGACGCUGACUAGACUCCGACACUCGUCUAGUCAACUGUGUGGCUGCUGGUUGACGCAUCGUUGGCGCAACUGCGCAGCGACGCCAUUUUCGAUAGCGCUGACUAGACAAGACUAGACUCCGACACUCGUCUAGUCAACUGUGUGGCUGCUGGUUGACGCAUCGUUGGCGCAAUUGCGCAGCGACGCCAUUUUCCAUAGUAGACUAGACUCCGACACUCAAACAAAACCUGUGGACCUUAUUAUCACGGACAAUUCGGUAUUUAUUGGGCUCAAUAAGCGUAUUGUAUGUAUAAAUAAUAAAUUAAAAGCAGUAAGUUUUGUAAACUUCAUGUACAGUCUGACAAGAAAUUGUAGAACUUAAAAAGUGGCAAUACCGUAGUGUUGUCCCUUUCAAAACAAUCAAAGAAAACGGGACGACACUACAGUAUUGCCACUUUUUAAUUUCUACAAUUUCUUGUCGGACUAUAUAUCAGGGACCGGACAACCCUUUCCGCGAUAAAACCCUUUCAAUGGGCGUCCCUUAAACACGGCUAAUACAUUGAAAGACCUUUCCCUUUUGUACUGCAAGCCCAUUCAUACCCCUACCUUUGACUAACCCUUACCGAAAAGCUAACCAAAAGUAAGGCUAGCCCUUAAUAAGGGUUACCCUUUAAGUGCUUUUUAUAAAGGUUUCCCUUUAGUAAUGUCGUAGUUCAGCCUUGCGUGAAAGAGACAGGAUUAAUAUAUCUACGCUAGUGUAUGAAAAGGAAAGAAAAUACGUGCCUACAGCCGCCGCCGACGAUAAUCGCUCAGGUUCGAAGUAAUGUGUGCUUUAUGAACAAGGUAGACGAUUUAAAUUAGCACGCUUAUAUGCUAAAAGGGAAGCCCUUUAUAAGGCUAACCCUUAUUUGCAAUAUGCAAGGUGUUGGUGAGCGGAUGAUAAGGGUUUUGUAAGGGUAUUUGGGCUAUCGAUUACUCAAAUGUGCUAGCUUUAUAUAAGGGUUUUUAAAAGCAAAAUGAAAGGGUUUCAUCUGGCAAAGGGUAUGGUGACUUAAGCCUUAUGCAAUACCCUUAUAAAAUCCGGAUAAGGGAUAGCGGGUCGGUCCCUGCUAUAUAUACGGUUUAUUUUUGUGUAGUAUUAAUUUAAUAUGAUGGACCGAGAGACUCAAGGAACACAGUAACCAUUAUGAGAUUUAUGAGAGUCCUCUCCUCUCCAUAUAGUUCUGUAAGCACGGUGUAGCCGGGCCGGGGUAGCUCGCCAGCGUAAAAACUAUGUUGUAGUAUAGUAAAUAAACGUAAUGGUCACUGGCAUGGCAUGGCAUUCAAACACACAGCGGACCUCUUCUUUCAAAUUGAACUGCAUGCAAUUGCAAACGAGUACCUACCGACAACUAUGAUGAAAAGUAAUUUCCUAAUGUUAAUUAUACAUAUAUAAUAAAAUUAAUAAAUAGGUACGAGUACCAGGUGAAGCCCUUAUGUUCUCAUUUAUGCAGUUUUAAAAUAGAAUAAAAUAUAAUUUUGAGAUUGC